AUGCACCCAAGAAAUAGAUACAUUAAUCCACCCGACUUUGAUGUACUUGCUUUUAAAUAUCCAACGUUCAGGAAACACGUGCGUUAUGAUAAAGAGAAUAAAGCUUGUAUAGAUUUUCAUGAUCCAGAUGCCGUGCGAGAAUUAUCCUACACGUUGUUAAAGCACGACUUUGGAUUGUACUUGGAGAUACCAAACGAUGCACUUUGUCCAAUGGUUCCAAACAGGCUUAACUACAUCCACUGGAUCGAAGAUUUGAUUUGCGAUGUCGUAUCAAGCACAGAGGAUGUCUAUGGGAUUGAUAUAGGCACAGGCGCAUCAUGCAUAUAUCCUCUUCUUGGUUGUGCAUUGAACGCGAAUUGGAAAUUCCUUGCCACCGACACUCACAAAAGGCUUCUUGAAGCUGCAAUGAAUAAUGUUGAAAAGAACAAUCUCUCUGACAGAAUAACUUUAUUGCUGAAUUCAUCGAAUAGAAAACUUCCGAUUGAUGAUGUGCCUGAAAGAGAUUAUGCCUUUUGUAUGUGUAAUCCACCAUUUUAUGAAAGUGUCAAACAGUACGAAACCGCUACUGCAAACAAGAAGCUUCCACCAUCAUCGACGUGCACAAGUUCCCAAGAUCAAAUGGUGACGCCCGGUGGGGAAUAUCAAUUUAUUAAGGACAUUUUAGAAGAGAGUCUUGUUUUUCGAAAGAGAAUAUCAUGGUAUACAUCAAUGAUUGGAAGACUAGAAACGGUUGAUUUGAUAGUUGCAGAACUGAAAAAACACAAGAUUGAUAAUUUUGUUUUAACCGAAUUUGUACAAGGGAGAACGCGACGAUGGGGGAUUGGAUGGUCGUUCGGGAACCAAAGACCUCCAAUGUCCAUCUCCCAACCGACAUCAAGAAAACUUCGCCAUGUCAAGCCGCCGAUAUCAGAAUUUGUUACUACUUGGCAUACUAAUCCAACCUCGCUCUAUAUUGCCGUGACCUCCAUUCUUACUGAAGCCCACGUUACUUAUCAACGGGAUAGUGACAGCGUCGUUGAGGAGAGCAAUGAUUCUGGCGAUGAUAACAUAUUGUGUUCUGGAGCUGUAUUUGUCGAGACUUGGUCGCGCAAAGCGCGAAGAAAAAUUGCUGCUGGGGAAGACAUCACUUUGGACAUUGAAACCGAUCAGCCUUUAUUCAAAUAUGCCAUCAGGUUGGAGAAAAGCAUCGAGGAGAGUACUGAAGCGCAAGGUGAAAUGAAGACAAAGUUGACAGUUUCUUGGGUAUGGGGAGAUAACAGAAAUAUAUUUGAGAGCUUUUAUUUGCAUCUGAAAAGAAGGCUGGAUGAGAAAUUCAAGAAACAAAAGAUUGACAAGCAACGGGUUAAUCCUGUGGGGUGA